AUUCCCUAACAAGCCCUAUCUUGAAAUCAAUAUUUUGAAGACAAAAUUGUGAAACUGAACAGUGGCAAAAAUGGUGAAUCUUUUAUUGCUUCUUCUGAGCGCAGUUUUUGUGUUGCGUAUUUGCAAGGAGAAUCAUUUUCGAAUUGAAAGGAGAUCACUCGCCUGGCAGGGUAUCGAAUAGAAUGGCAAUAGGCGCAGAAGCAGUUGAGUACCUAGGUAGUAAUGGAAACAUUGAGCUUUUAGGUGCUGUUAAAAGUAGUCCAGUGGAACUAGCAAGUCGUACCGCGUCUGUUAAAAUGCUAUCUGAUGAUGGUGAUGAUGAUAAGAAAUAGGUAUAGAUAAUAUCACUUUCCAACCAAUUUUUAAAGUUCUUGUAGUUUGGUGAAGUUUUUGAAAAUUUGUGAAUAAUUAUUAUCUUUUGAAUUAUAAUCAGACAUUGUUUUGACUACAUCUUUCUUAGUUCUUUACUGACGUUGCGUUUUUGAUUUAUGAAGCAUUCUUUCGUGUAAACUGCGUCAACGUUUUUUUAAUAUUGUUGUGUUAAGGUUCUGAUCUACGUAGUAUAUUGUAGAUAAGAUUAAUAUAUUUUUAUCAUAACACUUUUAAAGCGCCAUUUAAAAUGAUUCUCUCUUGGACUUGGUGGUCUUUAACUUAUAACAAUAGAGAUUUGGACUUUGUAGUUGAUUAUGUUAAAUGUCUGUAGAACACUUUUCUUUUAAGAAAAUACUUUUGCCGCAGACUUUAGGGAUUGAAUCUCAGUUCUUACUUAGUUUCUUUUUCCAAUUCCAAUUUAAUGGACUUGCUAGAUCAUAAUUGCAUCACGCAUCUUAAUAAUAUUUUUACUGUAUUCAGUUUAAUAUUCAGAAAAUAUUGCUUUUUACUUUCAGUUUCGGCUAGAUUUCCUUCUUCAGUUGCAGAGUAUGUAAUCGCUUUGAAAGAGGUAUUAUUUGCUCGUAUUUCUUUAUAAAGAAAUUUUUCUUAAAUUAUGUAAAUAUCUAACCUGAAUCGCAGGUAAGUUGUUUUAUAAAGUAUAAUUCAUCGGUUGCUGUAAGUUCUCACCUUGAAAUAUCAGAUUUGUCAAUUGUACAAAUAUCUUUAAUGAACGAAAUCAAAGUUGCAAAGUUGUUAAUUUCGAAUUCGAUCUCAUUUUUACCUUCUCUAAAUACUCAUUUUUGUAAUAAAUUUUACAGAUAUCAGUUAUUUUUAUUCAUUCUUAGACUUCGAGUUCUUCUGUUACUUAUGACUACGAAUCUAAGGAGUUAAUUGACAUCUGUUUUCAGUCAUGAGUAAAUUUCACUUCUUCUGAUUGAAUCAAACUAUCUAAAAACAGUAUAAAAGCCCUUCUAGAAGUUGUAGCAGUUCAGUACCAAAGCAGUAAUCUAUCAAGUCCUAUCUUGAAAUCGAUAUUUUGAAGACAAAAACUUGAAACCUAAACAAUGACUAGAAUAGUGAAACUUUUAUUCCUUCUCGUAAGCGCAGUUCUUGUAUUGAAUUGCGUAUCUGCAAGGAGAAUCAGUUACGAAUCGAAAGGAGUUCACUCAUCUGCCAGGUCACAUAAUAGAAUGGCUCGAGGCGCAGGAGAAAUUGAGCACCUAGGUAGUAAUGGAAACGGCAAGGGAAAUAUUGAGUUUUUGGGUGCUGUCAAAAGUAGUCCCGAAGAAUUACUUAGCCGAAACGUGGCAAUUGAAAUGUUAGCUGAUGAUGACGAGUAUGUUGAUAAUGAAGAAUAUAUUACUUAUGCUGAGUAUGGUGGUGAUGAGGAUGAUGCUGAUGAUUAGUAGGUGGUGAUGAUUAUGUAGGUGGUGAUGAUUAUGAAGGUGGUGAUUUUAGUUAUGAAAUUAAAUGAGUAAUGAGUAAUAAUAACACUUGCGAAAGGUACUAGUAAUUUUAUAAUUGUCCAAUAAAUGAGAAGUUUGUACCUUCUAAAUGUUAAAAAUGAAUAUA